CCGCCAGGGCAGCCUCUACGCCGUCGCUGCUGCGCCCGCUUCCAAGUCGCGAAGCAAGAAGCGAUCAUAGAGGAAGAGGAGCAAGGGAAGAAGAAAAGAAGAGGGAAAUGCACACAAUUUGCCCGCUCAGAUGAUCGUACAGACUUCUCCAUAUAUUGCUGCAAAAGAAAAAAAGCGGGGUUUAGACGUUGAUGUGCUUGUUUGGUUUGCUAGUUUGCUGCUUGAUGCUUGUCUCUUCUUUCUAGCCGCUGCUCUCGUCCAUGCUCAUGCUCGCGCUGAGAUCCAUGGCCGAAGAGGAUUGCGAGUGCGAGUGCGAGUGCGACGGAUCGGCCUCGACCAGCCUCAUUUGCGGGUCCAGGAUGGCUUCCGCCUCGACCUCGCCCUGGUCCAUUUCUUCAUCCUCCUCCUCUUCAUCAUGUUCGCUCCUACCCAGGCCGCGGUGGCCUGCCUUUCUCCUCUCCAGUGACGAUGACGAGACGGAAGAAGAGGACAUGAGCAGACUGCUCCCCAGCGGGCCUGCCGUUGCGACGUGGCCACCCGCCAAAAGGUCCUCGUCGUCGUGGCCGACGACCUCGCCCUCGGCGCCGUGGACAGGAGGGAUGGGUGCCGCUUGCGCCAGCUCGUCGAGGACGUAGGCAAGGAGCUCCUUGACCUGCUUGUCCCUGGGCGAGAGCAGCUGCGCCUGUUCGAUUUCAC